UUGGUUUUUUAUCUCUAACAAGCAAUCCAAACUCUUGUGUUUUUGUUGUCAAGGAAACGCAGAGACGAAUAGAUAGAGUUGCAAAAAUGGUGGCUUCUUUUGCGCGUUCGCUUUCUCUUCCAAAUGCUAGAUCCAAAACGACAUUGCAUGCGAGAUCUGUGAGCCUGCCUUGCCAGCCUCACCCGGUGACGGCCCAAUUGCAGGACCAUUUGCAAAAGCUCAAUACAUGGGUCAAAAACUGUUCCAAAUCAGUGAGCUCGUUAACUGAUGGUUUAACUUCCUUGAAAGGCCUCUACGACUGCUUUGAUGAUCUUCUCCAACUACCACAGACGCAGGGAGCCUUGAGCCAUAACAUCAAAUGGGCUAACGCUCUCCUCGAAGACCUGCUGAAGCUUCUCGACUCGCACAGCACCUUUAGGGCCGCACUGCUUGCGCUCAAUGAGCAGCAGCUCGGAGUGCAGGUGGCCCUCCGUAGGAGGGACCCUUCCAUCAGAGCAAAGCUCGGCUCGUUUCUGAGGUUUCGAAAGAAGAUGACCAAGGUAAUUUCUGUGUUUCUCCCUGUUCUUGCCUCGAUAGCUCAAUCGACAAUGCCAAGCACUCCCGAGGCCUCAUCCGAGCUCUUUGCAGCCCUUCGAGAUGUUCGCACUGCGACCGUGACUGUAUCGGGUUGGCUUUUCCUGUGUCUCUCUCUCAGGCAGAGGCCUAACAGCAUUUCAAGAUUAGUGUGCUCAAGGCCAUUGGAAGAUGGCAUUGGAGAAGUGGAUUCCACUGAUGAUGUGAUCAGAGAUCUAUAUCGUUGCCAGAAAUUGGAGGAGGGGUUGGUGCAAAAAGCGCUGAAAAAGUUGGUUGUUUUGGAGGACUGUAUAAGCAGCCUUGAUAAGGGGAGUGAAUCAGUGUUUAGGGGGUUAAUCCAGUGUAGAGUAUUACUUCUUAAUGUUCUUACACAGUAGGGAUGGAAAUAAACAUAGGCAGCGUUUGGAUGUGCAGAUUUUUAGGGAAGAGCUUCUCUUUGUAUACUUUUGUACAUUAUCUCUGUACAAGAGAACCUAUUCGAUUUAAAACCCUGAAUUAUCGCCAAACGUUUGUUGGUUUUGCCUGCUUUAUUUCCUCUAUGGCUAUUUCAACUUAUGUGACUUCAAUGUUGGGUGUGGUUUUAUAGUGAUG